AUGAAUUAUCCUUACUACCCCGGUUCCCAGUCGCAGCCUUUCGAAGUCUACGGAUUGCCUACCCCAAACCAGUCAACGAAUGCCCAAUCUGACACGUUCGCCCCUCUGACUAAUUACGACGAGAACCUGCAUGGCUUGGACCCCUCGUUACGCCUCAACCCCUCAUCGUCCUUUGUCUCACCACCGCAUUCAUCGCCCGAAUUGUUCAUUAAACACUCUGCUACAGGCAGCGAUGUUCCCAGCAAUCAGCGACUGGGCGACGCCCCAUGUGACGGCGAUGAAAUCCAAUUCGCCGAUCCUUCCUCACUGAGGAGUAGCAGCGAGGAGAAGGAACCGGAUUCUGCGCAAAGCAAACGCAAGGCACAAAACCGAGCGGCGUAUGUUAUAUAUCAACCCACGUGGCUUGACAAGCCCUCAAAUACCCCAACCACUAACGUUUUCCAACCGCUACACAGCCAACGGGCGUUUCGGGAGCGCAAGGAACGCCAUGUCCGUGAUUUGGAAGACAAAGUGAACGACCUGGAACAGACAUCUCAAACACUAGAAGCCGACAACGAACGCCUAAAGCGCGAGUUGGCUAAAUACACAACCGAGAAUGAAAUCCUGCGCGCGACAUCGCACCACACAAACCACACCCCUGUCAACGUCUCCGAGGAUCAGGAGCUAACUGUUACUGGGCCUAUGAGAUUCUCCCCCACAGACUUCUAUUCUGCUCUCAUGCCAAAUGGACACGCAGGGUCUCACAGCAGCCCACCUCACCGCCUUAUUGUCUGCCCAGUUACCGGUGAGAAGCUUUUGGAUUCCGGUGCUACGUGGGAGUUUGUUCAGCAACAUGAGCUGUUCAAGCUCGGCCAGGUUGAUAUCGUUGACGUGAUUAAGCGCCUGCAGGGGAUGGCCCAGUGUGAUGGGCAAGGUCCUGCUUUCAGGGUAGGCCAGGUGCGUCUGGCUAUUGAGGAGAGUGCGGCUAUGGGUCGCGAUGAGUUGAUCUGA